CAAAGGGGCAUUGGGAGCAAAGAAGGAAGAAGUGAGAGAGAAGUAAGAUGAGAAGAAAGAGAGUGAGUUUGAAGAUAAGAAGUAGUAAGAGACUUAGCAAGAAGCUUCUUCCACCUUAUGCUUCCUAUGCUCUGGUAGCCAUUGUGCUGUUUUUGUUAGGCGUUUUCUUUUACUCUGUCUCCUCUGCUUCAUCUCCGCCAAAUCACCCUUCUAAUUCUCUCCCCAUCACCAACCACUCUUCUCUUUCCACUUCCACGGAGCUUCCUCAUUCCAUCUCAUUCACCAACCACUCCUCCCUUUCCGCUUCUCCGCCUCCACCAGUUUAUGUCUAUGAGAAACCAUGUGACUACAGCGAUGGCAGAUGGGUCCGUACCAAAAGAGGUCCUCUAUAUGAUGGUUCCAAAUGUCUCCAGAUGAAAGCAAAGCAGAAUUGUAUUGCCAAUGGAAGGCCUGAUUUGGGGUACCUUUUCUGGAGGUGGAAACCAAGUGAAUGCCAUCUUCCAAGGUUUGACCCUAACACUUUUCUCCAACUCAUAAGCAACAAGCACAUAGCUUUUAUUGGAGACUCUCUGGCCAGGAACCACCUAGAGUCCCUCCUUUGCUUUUUAGCCACUACUGAAAAACUACAAGGAUUCACCCAAUUCCAAGAAGGUUAUACUCGGUGGCUCUUUCGUUCUCACAAGGCAACCGUGUCCUUCUAUUGGUCCCCUUUUCUUGUAGAUGGUGUUCCAAGAAAAAACCCGGGACUCCCUUAUAACAAAAUUCAUUUGGAUCGUGCUAAUAUGAAGUGGGAAAAGGAUUUGGAUCAAAUAGACAUCAUAGUGUUGUCCUUAGGGCAUUGGUUUUUAGUUCCUUCGGUAUUCUAUUGGCGUGACAAAGUUAUAGGAUGUGUGAGCCAUCCUGUUUCUAAUUGCACCAAAGACAUUGGUGUUUAUGUUCCAAUAAGAAGGGCCUUAAGGACUGCUCUUAAUAGCAUAAUUAAGAGGAAGGUGAAAAGAGGAAAUGGAAUUGAUGUAAUUGUGAGAACAUACUCACCUUCUCAUUUUGAAGGUGGAUGGGAUAAGGGUGGUACUUGUGCAAAGUCUAAGCCUUAUGGAGUGGGGGAGAGGCAACUUGAAGGGGAGGAAGCUGAGAUCAGAAGGAUCGAGUUGGAAGAAGUGGAAAGGGCUAAGACAAGAGCCAAAGGAUUGGAAAUGGAUAAGGCAAAAAAUGCUGAAGAAUUUAAAGGGUUUAGGUUGGAAGUACUUGAUGUAACAAAAUUAGCAUUGUUGAGACCAGAUGGCCAUCCUGGUGCUUAUAUGAAUCCUUUCCCAUUUGCUAAUGGGAUUAAUCCAAAGAAGCCUGUGCAGAAUGAUUGUGUUCAUUGGUGCAUGCCGGGGGUCGUAGACACUUGGAAUGAGAUUUUUAUCCAGAUGUUGAAAAACAUGGCAUUUAGAAACCAGGAAGAGUAGUAUUUUGUUUUUCUUUGGUAGGAAACAUCGAUUGUAGAGCCUGUAUGGUUUCAAGAUAAUUGAUUUUGAAUACUGCCAAAUUUAAUUUAUAUGAAUAAGAAAGUUUAGUUGUUGUUAGGUAAAA